AUGGUUUUACCUGUGCGGAAAGCCAUUCCCGGCGGGCGCGCGGCGGGGGUGCUCCGUGCGCUCGGAUCCGGCGGGAGGCGGGGCCACGUGACCGCGCGUGACGUCAGGGCCGCCGCGAGCCGGCCAAACUCAAGUUGGUCCGGGAAUUGUCAACAAAGGGGCGAGGGACGCGCCACUCCGCGUCGCCUGCGGGCCCCACGCGCCCUGGCCCGGCACGAGUGGACUGGGCACGGCCAGGAGGGCCCGAGCGCGUCCGCAGGACCCUGCGCCGUCUGCGCCCCGCACCCGUUCCCUCCCGGACGUGGACGGGCCGAGGACAGCCAGGUGCCAUCUCGGGCUCGGGGGGACAAACUUACCAGCCUCUUUUGUUUAUCGUUCCAGCUGCAGAGGACACGGGCGGCGCGAGGGGUCCCCUCGCUACGCCGAGUCCGGCUCUCCCGGGUAACCUGCGACGUGCGCCCUCCCGCCAGCCCCGCGUCCCCACCGGGCCCCGCUGCGUCCCCGCACGGUUUUCUAGAUAUCUGUGUUUUUUGCGCGCGGUCAUCGCAGCAUCACCUGGGAUUCCCGAAGAGCGCAGGGGACCCCAGGACCCAGCUCGGAGACCAGGACGCGCGUCCGGACCCCCUUGGCCAGCAUCAACGACGCCUCUUCCCACCGAGCACCCUUUCCCGGGCACACCAAAUCAGCAAGAAUUCCAGCUGCCUCCCGUGGGCCCGCCGGCUGCAAACCCAUCUAGACUUCCUCGGGCGAAACCCACUGGAGCUUCGAGCCGGCCGCCCAUCGCUCCCGCUGCAGAGGUUUUGGUUGCCACUGGCCAAACACCAAGUCCAAGCAAGGUCGGAGGAAAAAGAAAAACAGCUGAAAUUCGCAAAUUUCAAAACUCUUUUUGUCUAGUUUGGGGUGCCCACCCCGGGGUAGGUGCGGGCCCGCUUGGCCCUGGGCUGCGUCUCCGUGGAUGCUUUCACGUGUGCGCGCGAGGGUGGCGGCUCGGGCAGCCACGCCGCUCACUUUGAAGCCGUCCCCAGACGCACCUCGCCUGGGUCCCCGGAGAGGGGGUGGCGAACACCGCCCAGCUGCCGGUUCCAUUUGUUGCGCUUUUCUCCUUUGACACAAUAAAAGUCAAAUUAAUUGAUUCAUACCAUUAA